AUGAGUACUAAAGAUAGUACCCAGAAUUUGCAGAAUGAAGGGGAGGAGGAUGAGAGCUUUAGCACUCAUCUGAAUCUCAGAUUAAGUUCGAACUCGGCUGAAGAGCCAACUUUUGAGGACAAUGUCAAUGAAUUAAUGGAAUUCAUAAAUAAUGUUAUGGACCCGAGUAAUAGAUUAAACAAAGCUGGGAGAGAAGGAUUAAAAGACAGAAUAACAGCAAUAGCGAUGAACAUGGCCAAUUUGGCGGGACAGAACAAAAUUUUAAGGGAAGAAGUCGAAAGACUGAGAAAAGAAAGUCAAACGAAAGAGCGAAUAUCGUAUGCAAGGGUGACAGCACAGCCUGCAGUGGCUACAAAAAGUGACAAAAAGAGUGAGCAAGAACGUAAAAUAGAGAUGAGGAAGGAGGAAAACACCUUGUUCAUCACGAAUGACAAAGCGACGACCGGUCGCAAAGUACAAGAGGAACUUACAAAGGUAUUGAAUCCACGAACGGAAAAAAUACGUAUUAACCGUAUGAAAACUAUUGGUAAGGCCCUCAUAAUUGAGGCUGCAACCAAAGAAGACCUCGAAAAAAUUAAAAAUAAUGCUAAUAUAAAAAGGAACUUCAAAUGUGAACUGCCCAAAAAACGGAAACCACUGGUCAUAUUAUAUGACGUGAGCAGUUCGGCUAAAGAGGAAGACAUAAAAGAAGACAUACGAGCUCAAAAUUUCGAGCAUAUGAGCAAAGAAGAAUUUGAAGAUUCCUUCAAAAUUCGUUUUAAAACAGGCCCAAGAGGAAAAUCAACCGUCCACUAUGUGGCGGAAGUGUCCCCUGGGUUAAGAAAAGCAUUAAUUAGAGACAGAAUUUACAUAGGAUUCAGUGCGAUCAAUGCUAAGCACUACAUAGUAGUCCCCAAGUGCCUCAAGUGCCAAGACCUAGGUCAUGUCGCUAAACAUUGUUCCAAGGAAACCGCAUGUAGCCAUUGCGGAGGUGCUCAUGAAAAGAAAGAGUGCGACAAAGCUGAACAGCGAAAGACUUGCAUACCGUGCAAGGCGAGAGGAAAGGCAGAGUGCAAUAAAGAUCAGAAAGAUUGUCCAACACAUAAGAUGUUGACAGACAGGUUGAUUCUCAAAACUGACUGGGGUAAAUAA